AACAAUAGCUGCGGCGCAGACGGGACGGAUCCCCCAUCUGAUACUGCUGCAGUGGAGGGAUUCAUCACAAUUUGGCUAAAUCAUGGAGACUUUAUACGGGUUGCCGUUUGCAGUGUUGGAGUGUCCCAACAUUAAGCUGAAGAAACCAUCGUGGCUGCAUAUGCCGUCGGCGAUGACGGUUUACGCAAUCGUCAUCGUAUCCUACUUUCUUAUCACUGGAGGCAUCAUCUACGAUGUCAUUGUUGAACCACCAAGCGUAGGUUCCAUGACCGAUGAGCACGGACACCAGCGACCAGUCGCCUUUUUGGCAUACAGAGUAAAUGGCCAGUACAUUAUGGAGGGGCUAGCAUCCAGUUUUCUAUUCACAAUGGGAGGCCUUGGCUUUAUAAUCCUGGAUCGCUCCAACGCACCAAACAUUCCUAAACUCAACCGCUUCCUGUUGCUUUUCAUUGGAUUUGUCAGCGUGCUUCUGAGCUUCUUCAUGGCCAGGGUGUUCAUGCGCAUGAAGCUGCCAGGCUACCUCAUGGGAUAAGGUCACAAAUGGAUCACAAACCCAUCACUGACAGAUGAUCUGGAUAAGCAAAGGACCUUGAAAGGAGAGAAUUCAUUUUAUUGGGGGUGGGUAGGGGCUAACAGCGGUUCACACCAAAAAAAUCAGAUGGACUCGAGCUUCAAUGAAAUCAACAACACUGACUGAAAGCACUGACCAUGAAAAAGAAAUGUAACCUGGAUGUUAUCUUGAGCGCAGGGUGGGCUAGGCCUCAGUGUACUGGGGCAUUCCUCUCUUUUUCUCUUCUCCUUUUCAACUGCAAGGGACCAGCAGAUGAUCCCCUGCAGACUUUUAAGUGAGGUUGGGUUACUACUUUUGCUCUGUUAAGAAUCUAUACUCCAUAUACCAUAUGAGCAUUGACCACGUUAUUCUGAGCUUGCUGCAGUAUUCGGAAAAAUAGUCCUGCUGCUUUGAAACCAUACUAAAGCCCAAAUGCUGACGCCUGUGUAGCAUCACAUUACAAAUAUUAGUAUUACUUACACCCAGGUAGUCUGCUGGUAAGUUUUAUUUUCUUGUAAAUUCUGUAUAGCGUAACACCAUCUAUCAAGUGCCACACAGCACAACUCUGUCUCACAGCCUUUUGAAUAGUAGAAGAGCUGAGGAGAGGAGGUUGCCUCACACUCAUUUGCAAACAGUCUAAUCAUAUAAGAGUAAAGCUCUCUUAAACGAUUACAUGAUGGGGUCAUGGGGUUUAGAUGCAAUUAAGUUGUAUUUUGUUAAAAAAAAAUCUUUGGAAACACCUUCACCCUGUAGCUAUUAUCUUUUUGUAUAAGGAAGUGAAAUAAAUGUUCUUUCCAAACUCUCUUGUAAUAGCCAUGCUUGUAAAAACUGUUAACACGUACGUCAGUAUAAUUUUUGAACCCAUUUGCAUACAUUUUGAUGCAGCAAUUUCGACAAAAAUUGGAGAAAUGUGAAUAUAAAUUCAAACAGCGCUUAGUGUAUUUCCUCCUAAGGUGUAGUCAGUCUCUAGUUGAGCAUCUGCAGUUUCCAAGUUCAUAUUAAAUGUAAUUUGCCGAAAUCUCCACAAGGUGGGGUCCUCCAUCCAUCCAUCCAUUAUCUAUAACUGCUUAAUCUGUUCAGUCUGUUGGGACAAACUCUAGUCUGUCCCAACAGGCACUGAAUGCAAGGCAGGAAGACACCUUGGGCAGGUAACCAGUCCGCUGCAGGGUCGACACACAGUCACUCACACACCAUUCACACACACCUAUGGGCGAUUUAGAGACCCCAGUUCACUUUGGACUGUGACAGGAAACCUUCCGUCUCUCUGUAAAAUUAUUAAUAUUUAGGACAACUGUCUGCUGCAUGUAGGUCUGGGUACCACAAUCGGCAGAGCACCUGGUGUUAUGGCACUAAAACCAUCAGGGUAAGGGGGUUCAUUUUGUCCUAAGGUCACCCAUACUGCACCCAAUGACUGCAUGGCACUAAUGUCAUGCAGUCAUGUCAUUGUGAAGUGCCUUCUGUCACAAGAGCAGAAGUUCCUAAAACAAUGCUAGUUUAGCCGCGGUCCCUCUGCACAAUAAGAUGGACCUGCCACCUUGUGAGGAACUUGGAAGCACCGGUGAGGGAUCUCUUAGCCAGCAGUAAGGAAAAAGACACGAAUCCUCUGUCGG